AUGCCACCUGGGAUAAUCUCACCUCGAGCUGGCAUGACAUCAGUCAAGCUUAGUCCCAUGAUCUUACACAGAGUUUAUCGCGAAGCUGUCGAUGCAGAAGCGGACAUUCACAGAUCCAACGCACCAUCUCUUAUCGACACGGUCAUACCUCCUCUUAGCCGACACACUUCGCAGAAUAUUCGAGAUGGAGCGUUGAAGCGGAAGCGACUGUCCGACAAUGUGUACCCUUCUACACCGUCACGUUCUGUAUCAUCGAAGAAGGUCCAAGAAAAAAAUACCACAAAGCAUGCUUCGGCACUGGUACUCUCAAACAAGCAGCAAGUUCUUUCUUUCGAAGUGAAGGAGUGGUUAUACACUGGUAAACUUUGGGAUGUAUAUCGCGGUCUGUUGCAUAUGACAGAUCAUGCCACUCCUCCAUUGUCGCUCGUUCUGAAGAUUAUGAAACCUAUGUCUUUCAAUCCAUCCCGAUACUUUGUAGAUGACAAAGAAGAUUACGGGGCUCUGUCCUAUCAUCCCGCAGAAUACAAAGACGCGGACGCAGCUGUGAAAGCGGCUUACAAUGAAGAUACUAUGUACCAUCACCUUCUCAACUUCCAAGGCACGGUGAUACCGAACUAUCACGGUCUUUUCGUUUGGCCAAGCAGUGACGAGGAUGAUACGCAAAUACCUGGACUGAUGGCGAUGUUAUUGGAAGAUCUGGGAGAACAAAUACUUCCUGAAGAUACGUUCUCCAAAGAUAUAUCUGAGGAAGAAUGGUCAGUGAAUGCUCAAGCUUUACUCGUUGUCGGUUUCUGUUAA